AUCGACCCGCGGAACAACAUGCCCACCAACCCCCGGCAGCACAUGGCCCCGGGCCAGCGCCGCCCCAUAUCCACCGAUCGGCAGAGGUCCACCAUCCCAAAGUCGGGAGCCGGCUCCACCUGGGUCUACCCAUCGCCGCAGAUGUUCUACAACUCGCUCGUGCGCAAGGGCAAAGCCGACGACUGCACCGAGGACGACAUGGCCUCCGUCGUGGCCGUCCACAACGGCAUGAACGAGGACACGUGGCGUAGGGUCCUCACCUGGGAACGGCUGCACAGGGACGAGUGCGCCAACCCGAUGCUCCUGAGGUUUCGCGGCCGACCCGAUGACUGGUCGCCGCUGGCGUACGCGCGAUACCUCUUAUCCGCGGGCAAAGACAAACCUUUCGACAGGCACGACUGGUGGAUAGACAGGAACGGGAGGCAGGUUCGGUACGUCAUCGACUAUUACUUCGACGAGGCCAAGGCCGGGACGCCCGGGCAGUUCGACCUGGUGGUGAGGCCCGCGGCGGACAGCGCGGAGAGCGUGCUGGACAGGGUGAAGAUGA